GUUAUAACAAAGAUCUUAAUCGAAGGAUGUAUAAACAUUAAGCAACGGUCUUAGGGUAAAUCUUUUUGCCGGAUCUACUGUACAUAAUUGCAUGUGUCGGAGAUGACAUCAGAAUUUUUAGGCUAUGCAUCUGGAAAAACUGCUAUUGCAGCAUUCAUCGCUGUCCUCUUCGUCGGUGCUUACAUGUAUUCUGAUUGCAUCGACAGUAAUAUACUACUUUCAAAUAGGAUCGGAGGAACUCCAAACUCCAAAAAUACUGUCAAAAUUCCAACAGAAAAGACCCCGAACAGACGGGAAGCUUCACUCAGCUGCGCGUUAGUAAACCAGACAUACUCCUGCCCAGUUUCAUCAACAGCUAAUGAAGAUAAUAUUUCAUCAUCAUCGUCAAUGGAAGUGUGCCCUGAGUACUUUCGCUGGAUUCAUGAAGAUUUACAGCCAUGGAGGAAAACCGGAAUCACGGAGGAGGUGGUAAGCAGCGCAAAGAGUAGAGCAGGUUUCAGAUUAGUGAUUGUUGAUGGAAAAGUGUACGUGGAGACAUAUAAAAAGGAUUUAGGUACCAAUUCCAGGGACAUAUUUUCACUCUGGGGUAUUCUGCAAUUGUUAAGGAAGUACCCAAAAAAGUUACCUGACCUGGAUUUGAUGUUUGAUUCCAAUGAUAGACCUGUAAUCAAAUCUAAGGACUAUCAAGGACCCAAUGCGACAGCGCCACCACCAAUUUUUCGUUACUGCAACCAUCCUGGCUUUAUGGAUCUCGUACUUCCAGAUUGGUCCUUCUGGGGUUGGCCUGAAACUAACAUUAAACCAUGGGAUACAUUAUUAGAAGAACUAAAAGAAGGAAAUAUGAGAACAAGAUGGCGGGAUAGAGAUCCAUAUGCCUACUGGAAAGGAAAUCCAAAUGUUGCAGGUCUUCGGAAAGACCUCAUGCUGUGUAAUGUGUCUGAAAAGCAGGAUUGGAAUGCCCGACUAUAUGCACAGGAUUGGGGUAAAGAAAUUCAAAAAGGUUUCGGCGAAUCAAAUUUAGCAAAUCAAUGCACUCACAGGUAUAAGAUUUAUGUCGAAGGAUCUGCUUGGUCUGUUAGUGAAAAAUACAUUCUAGCUUGCGACUCUUUAACUUUACUGAUAAAGCCCAAGUAUCAUGAUUUCUAUACACGAAGUCUUUUACCUAUGAAACAUUACUGGCCGAUCAAGUAUGGCGACAAGUGCAGGUCUAUUAAGUUUGCUGUUGAAUGGGGCAAAAACCAUACAGAAAAGGUUAAAGAGAUCGGUAAAACUGCUAGCAACUUCAUUCAAGAAGAACUAAAGAUGGAUUAUAUUUAUGACUAUUUGUAUCAUCAUUUAAACGAAUACACCAAACUACUGCGAUACAAACCAGUUAUACCCCCCAAUGCUGUGGAGUUCUGCUCUGAGACAAUGCUCUGCCCUUCAGAAGGAUUACAGAAACAAUUUAUGGAGGAAUCUAUGGUACAGCAUGCUAGUGAGAUUGGUCCAUGUACCAUGCCUCCUCCAUUUGAUGCUCUAUAUCUUCAAUCUUUCUUUAGACAGAAAAGUGAUUCUAUCAAAGAAGUAGAGAUGUGGGAGAAUAAGUUUUGGGAGAGUCAACCCAAGUAGAGCUCAAACUUAUAUACAGAUUCAUAGUGUAUGUAGUUACUGGUAUUUUGUUGUGCUAUAUUAGUUUACCUGAUAGACAAAUUUAUAUACAACUUUUGGGUGAGUCGACCCAAGUAGUGCCAUGUUCCGGCAGCUGAUUGCUUUUCUUGAUUUGGUAGUCUGAAACAUUUGUUGGUUUGUCAAAAUUCUUAAGCCAUUGUCUUGCAUA